UUUUUUCAAUUUUGUUUGCAAUAUAUAGAAAAAGAAAACUAAUAUGAUGAGGGAGGGUUGGAUUUUGGUAGCUUUGUCGUGUGUUAAUAUGGCCAAAACCCAAAAUAAAAAUAUCCAUGUUUACAAUAUCACGUAUUUGGGGUGUUAAUUAAUUACAGAGUAAAUGGAGAUUACAAAAAACAAAGUGUCGGGAGAGCCAUUGACGUGGCAGGAUAUAGAGAAUAUGAGAUACUCAUGGAACGUGGCGAGUGAAUCCCUGAGGCUCUCGCCACCUCCUCAAGAAUCCUUUAGAGAGAUCACCAAGGAUUUUACCUUCGUUGGUUAUACCAUUCCCAACGGAUGGAAGGCACUCUGGACAGUGCAUUCAACUCACAAGAAUCCGGAAUACUUCCUGAAUCCAGAAGCGUUUGAUCCUUCGAGACUCAAAGGAAGCGGACCUCCAUCGUACACAUUCACACCUUUUGGAGGAGGACCUCGGAUGUGUCCCGGAAAGGAGUAUGCGAGGCUGGCGAUUCUAGUUUUCCUUCACAGCAUUGUGACCAAAUUCAAACUGGAGAAAGCUUCUAAAUGGCAGAACACAAACCGUUCAAUGUCCCCAGCUUCAAAAGCUACCUUAGAAGUUUGUGUUCGGCCUCAUGCAAAAUAAAUUAAUCACCCACCAAGAAAAAAAAAGUAAGAAAUAAAUAAAUUACUCAGCAGGCAGUUGAUCAUCACUUCAAUAUUAUUCUUGGCUUUUAUCUAUAUAUGGUGUUGUUUUACUAGGUUUUUAUAUAUGUUUUUGGUUAGUAUUCAAUGUUGACUAAUAAUAAGUUCCAUGUACGUACUUACCACCUCAUUUGGGUGCCAUGCCCCAUGGAGGGGCUCUUUCCAGCCUUCAGUUGUGCAACAAAUGUUAUGUUGUAUUAGUAAUAGAAUUAAUAAUACAUUAGUUGUAGAUGAUAUUGUUAGGGUAUUUUGUCACAAUGAAGAACCUAGAUAGGUAUGAUGGAAGUAAAACAAUGAGCAUUCUGAGCUUGAUGGAAGUUAAACCAAAGGUUUAUCUUUUGCCUUGUAACAAAGAAAGAGAUAAAAGACUGUCCUAGAUGGGUUCUAGUUAGGAAUUAUUUAUUUUUAUUUGUUUUGGGGAGAA